UGGCGGCAACAGUGGCCACUGCAGCGUUGAGCCUGAACGACGCGUUUCUCAUAGCACACAGUACGUAGUCGCCGCGUAUCACUCAGCCAGUUAGUCAGUCAGUUUGAUUAGACGCGUGAAGCGUGCUAAGUGCAGCGCAUAAUUUGUCUGACCUGCAUUUGCUGAUUAACACCAAAUUUAAUUAUCCCGCAGCAAACAACUAACUGCAGCACUCGUACUAAAAUAAACUACCAUACAAAUAAAUAAUAGAAGAAAACAAGAAGCCGAAGAAGAAGAAAAACAAACAAACAAACAACGAAAAGAACUGUGAACCGUGUCUUUUGUGCGAAGGUUGUUUAUUUUGUGAGCAAAGCGCAGUAGAAUGCGCCACUAAGUGCAAGUGAAAUCCACAAAGGACGAGGACGACGGCAACGGAAACGGAAACGAGCACAACAUGCCACGACUUAUUAGCAGUUGCAGCAGCCACCAGCGAGCCAUCAGCAUGACAAGCAUCAAUUGUUUGUGGCUCGCUCUGCUGCUCGGCCACAGCUGCAACAUCUUUGGAUUACUGCGUCUCGAACAGCACCUGGUCGAGGCACUGCCCUUUGAGUAUUUGGAUGAGCACGUGGACGACUUCAACUACGACCUGGACGAGGCACAAUCCCAGGCCAAAUACGAUGCACGACUGCUCUCCGAACAAAUGCUGAGCGACGCUGAGCUGCAGCAGCGUGCAGACAUUGAAUCUGGCAUUAGCUCCAAUUCCAACACCAAAACCAACAACAACAACAACAACCAAAACAACUUCAAUGCCAACUCGAACAACGACUUGGCGGCCGAGGACGACUUGGAGCCGCAUAGCAGAGCAGCGGCAUGCUUCACAAAUGGCCACAAGUACACACACGGACAAAAGGUGCCGCGCUUUGAUGCCUGCGAGGUUUGCCUUUGCAUGGAUGGUGAAAUCUUUUGCUGGUGGGAAAAAUGCGAUAAGGCGAAUGUAAACAGACCAGAGACAGACGAUGGAGACGGCGACGGCAACGGCGAUGGCGACGGCGACGGCACUGCAGCUAUAGCUAGCGACUAUUCGGAUCCAUAUCGGUACGAGACCACAACGAGAAAAUCAACAAAAGUGCAUAAGAUGGGCAGGAAAGCGGGCAAGCGGCAUAAGCAUCACAAGAAUCAAAAGAAUUUUAAUGACUACGAAGUUUACCAAAGCCGCAAGCAGGCGCCGGAUUAUGAAAAGCCAGACAUAAAGCAACAACAACAACAAGCGAAAAGCGACAGCAUUGGCAACCACAGCAGCGAGGCCAGCAACUACAAUAUAAUCAAGCAACACAAACACGAGCCGCAGCAAAAGUUGGCAACGGCAACGCUCCAACAGCAGCCGAAGGAACCUUCGCAGCAGCAGCAGCAGCAGCAACAGCUUCACUUGGCAGCUGCUGUUAAUCAAGCAGCAAAGGAAACGCAUUAUCAACAGCAAUUGCCAACGCCUCAGCAGCAGCAACACCAGCAACACCAGCAACAACAUUUGCACGCCCAUCAGCAGCCGCACUCGUCCAGCAAGAUUUUAAAUUUUCCCGAAAAUUUGCCUGCGCUACUUUAUUAUGACUACAAAACGGAGGAGCAUGAACAUCAUCAGCAUCAGCAUCAUCAGCAGCAUUUGCUGCAUGAAAAGCAGCGACUGCUGCAGCAGCAGCAGCAACAACAGCUGCGCCAGCAACAGCAAAAGAUAUUGCAAAAGGCGAACGCAGUUGUUGAACCCCACACAGUCUUGGGCAUUGAUAAAAACUUUGAUGAGGCGGAAACCGACAGCGAUAUUUUGCCCGAGCCACCGACCAAGCGACCAGCAGCAGCAUUGACAACCAGCAGCAAUAGCAACGGCAACGGCACAACAAUUGAAAUGAUGACAACGCCGCGCAGCCAACAAGCAGCAGCAGCAGCAGCCGCAGACACAGCGGUUGCCAUGGCAAAUACAAAUCUGCAACAGGAUCAGGAAAUUGAGGAAGCUGACGAUGCAUUUCAUCGCUGGCUGACAUCGACGGAACUCAAUGUUGACAGCACAAACACGCUCGACGAUAGCUUGACACAGGAAACACCAGCAUCAACAAUAAUCGAUGAUGUUGGUAUUAACAAAAGCAACAACAGCAAAGACAAUGGCAACAGGCACGGCAACAACAUAGCUGACAAUGCGGAUGCUGUGUUCUUUCGUAGCUCCUACAAUGAUUACAGCAGUGAAUUCAAUGGCAGCGUUGUCAAUAUUGACAUUACGCUAACUGCUGUCGAUGUGCAUCCACAGCGUCCACAACAGCAGCACCAGCAGCAGCAGCAGCAGCAGCGGCAGUUGCCCAAAGCGCAAAUGGAUUUAAUUGCAAAUGACAACCAAACGUCUGACGUGGACGCAAGACAACAAACAACAAUGCAACCAACGGCAGCAGCCACAACAGCAGCAGCAGCAGCAGCAGCAACAGCAACAGCAGCAGCAGCAGCAACAACAACGCCGCGGGCGCCCAUCACCAACAGCAGCAGCAGCAAUCAGUAUGUGCCGCCCUAUACGCUGACAACGAUUAUAACAACAACGCCUCUGGCAACGGGGCGUAUGUGCAAUGUGCUUGGCAAAUUGUAUAAAAUUGGUGAAAUUCUGCCACAGGACACCGGCAACUGUUUGCAAUGCAUUUGCACCGAUGCGGUGACACCUGAUGAGCUGCCCAGCGUCACGUGCAGUCCGCACAACUGCCCGCCGCUCGUGCUGCCCGACCUGUUCGAUGCGACUGGUUACUGAGGUUACGGGUUUGUGCUGUAAGUUGCGAAAAAUCUGGCGAAACAUACAAAAAAAAAACAACAAAUUCAACUCAAAUUACAA